GGGCGGUUUGUCCCCUCAGAACAUAAAAUGACGUCAUUUUACCUUGAACGACGCCGUUUUAGGAGUGUAGGUAGUAACAAUUCUGUAAUGGAGCCAACGUUCUCGCGUGAGGAGACGAUGAGUAAAUUCUAAAAGGCAAGCGAUGCUGACGCCGCUGCUCUCUCUCAAUACAUUGCUUGGCUCCGAACUUUCCUGUUCCCAGAUCCAAUCCGAGUAUACACACAAACAGAACCGAGCAGAAAGGGAAAAGAUAACGCACUACCCAAAUCUGCAUAUCCUUCCAUUUUCUCUGCUCAAGGAGCUUUUCGUUCAAUGUUCCAUUUAUAAUCCUUUCAACCUCCAAAUCUUCACUUUCGGGGAAGUAAUCACGCAAUUUCUGAAAACCCACUUUUCAUCUGUGCAUAAUUCGUGGUUCUUGACAUCUUGUUGAUUUUGAAGACUUGAUAAAGUUGGAUUUUAAGGGACAUAGUUUCUUGGAGCAAGGCAUAAGCUAAGGUUCAAGGAAAUUUAUCAUGUUCAGACAGUCACCUCGUAGGACUCAGAGAUCUAAAGGUUUCAGGGUUAAGCAUGCUUUGCAGAUAUGCCUGUUGCUUGGUGUUUGCGUCUGGCUAUUUUACCAAGUCAAGCAUUCCCAUGAUAAGAAAGCUGCAUAUGAUAAAAGCAGGGUUAAGGAUGUCAAUGAAAUUGUGAAGUUAGGGAGGAAGGAUGUCCAUCCUCAUGUAGAGGAAACUGCCAUCGAGGAUGAGAAGCCUACAGAGGAAGGAGGUGAAGAAAAUAAACAUGAAGGUGAAGAAAAUAAUAGGCUUAGAGAGGGUGAGGAGGAAGGAAAAGAGGGUGUGGGUGAUGAGAUACAUGAACAUGAUCAAGAGAUCGCAGAAAAAGAAGUUGAGCAUGGAGAGGAUUUUGUGGAUAAAGGUAUGGAGAAUGAAGAGAGAAAGGAAGAGGAAAGUGAAGACAUGGAGAGUGAACAGAGCAAAGAUAGAGAAGCUGGCGGAAAUGAGAGUAGAGAGGACAUUAAGGAAGAUGAGAAAGCAGAAAGCAAACACAAGGAAAGUUAUGAAGAUGCAAUUGAGAGGAACAGAGAGGAGAGUGAAGGGAAAGAAAUUAAAGUGGAGGUAAAUGAAGAGAACAAUCAGAUGGAAAGUGAAGAGAAAGAGAGGGACGAGAAGGAAGGUCAGAUUGAGCAGUCAGUUUCAUCAGAGAAUCAAGUUGAUGAUGGAAGUGACAGGAAUAACGAGGGGACAAAAGAAGGACAAUACCAGGGGAAUGAUGCUUCCAGCACAGUAGUCCUGGAAACUCAAAAUAUACCAGAUGGAACUGAGAAUGGAAGUUCAGAAAACUCAAAAGAAAGAAAGCAAUCAGAAGACAAAGAAAAGAAUGAGUUCGAACUGCAGAGAAAAGACAAUAGCUCUGAGUUUGCCAAUAUCGACCAAAAUGAGUCUGGCCCAAAUGUGAGUGGAGGUGAAAAAGUUGAGAAGAAUGAUGCUUCAAAUGUGACCGCCACUGAGGAGAAGGAUAAUGAAAUCAAUCUGCCGAAUUCCAGUGAUGGUUUCUCUCCUAAUUCAUCAAUCGCAACAGAUUCCGAUGAACAGAGGCAAGAGAACGAAUCUGCAGAAACUUUUGUUUCAUCAGAGAAAAAUGGGAUACAGAUGGCAUCUGAUUCCUCUCAAAAUCAAAAUGAAACAGUGGACAACACUAUUUCUAAAGAAAUAACCCCUCCCACAGAAUCUGUUGUCUUUGACCAAACAGAAAAAUCUGGUGCAGUUGCCAGCAGUGUGCAGUCAGAUUUAAAUGUGAAACUAUCAACCACAACUGAGAAUAUAGAAGCAGGAACACAAAACGAUUCUCCUCCUUCCACCAACAAUGAAAAAGAUGAUGGUAAGACAGAGGGGAGCACUGCAUCCUCAACCACUAAUGAUGAUGGUGAUGCAGGCCAAAGAGAACCAGACGAUCCUUCAAUAUCUCAAGAAAGGAAAGAGGAGUCCCCAAACAGUAAUGGUGAUGCUGAUGCAGGGCAAAAAGAGCCAGCCGAUUCUUCAGUAUCUCAAGAAAGGAAAGAUGAGUCCCAAAACACGAAUAACAAUGAUAUUGCAGACCAGAACAAGGACAAUGAUGCUGUUCAGAACAAUAACUCAGAUGUAAAUUCUGGGACAGAGAGGACUGAACAGAACACCAAAUCUUCUAAUGAAAAUGACGAUGCAGAUGUGGGUCAGACUGAAACAGGUGAUUCUUCGAGUUCUUCAGUCAACCAUGAAGAGAAAGAGGCAUUCUCAAACACAAAUGACACUGCCAAUGCAGGUGAGAAUGGUUCAGAUGAUUCUUCAAGUUCUUCAGUCCUUCAAGAAGAGAAGGAGGCUCGGACAGACUUAGAAACUUUGCCCGAGAUGGGAACUGAUUUGAGUAACAAUGAAGCUGCAUCUGCAGAGUGACAUCUCUUAUGAAAUUUGUCGUGAUUAAGGAUUUUAUUUUUUUCCUUCAAGCUCCUUACAUUCAGCUGUCCUCACCCUGCCCUCUCCCCACCCCUUUCUGCUUUGCAUGGUAAAUGGGCAAAUUUUUAUGGGUUCUUUGCUUGCUGGAGUAUCCCUUGUAAUGCAGCACCAAUGUAUAAAUGUAAUCUCAGCCGUGCCAGGAAGCGUGGUGAGUUGAGGAAUUGAAGUUACGGAUUUGAACAUGUUAUACAUUGUCAGUUCACAAUCUAGUAUCUUAAAGUUUUUAAGUAAA